AUCCCGGCACGACACAAAGCUUUACGUCUUGCCUGGGCCCAUCAGCACCGACAUCGGACUGCUGAUGAUUGGAAGCAUGUUGCCUGGUAGACGAGUCUCGUUUCAGAUUGUAUCGAGCAGAUGGACAUGUACAGCAUGGCGACAAUCAGCUCUGCCACAUUGACGGCACCACUGAACUGCAGCCACGAGGCGGCGACGGCCCCGUCGGUGGCACUGCCGGUUUACGAUGACGAAGUGGGUCUCCGUGGGCUGCCGGACCGAGGACCUGACGACCGACCGGAGAGGGAACUCUGCCCAGGUGACUCCGCUCACCUCUCGCACCUCGAUCGACUGGCGAUCGGCCGGCUGCAGGAGGUGGCGGCGUCCCGCCCCGCGUCGACCUCCGUGUCCGGGUCGUCGUCCACCGGCCGGCUGCGACCCGCAUACUGUACGGAGCCGGCAGAACGCGAGUGCCGGGAACUCAGUUCGGACCUGAACUCGGAGGGUCCGGUCCUGCCGCACGGAAGUGUGGGAGGCGUCGGCAAGUCGGAGUGGUACCCCUACGCCUGCUACUACUGCGAGUGCAGGUUCAAAUUCGUGAGCGCCCGCAGCAUGCACAUCGUGGACGUGCACACGAACUUGAUCGUCUCUUCCGGGCCGAACGAGGCAGAGCCCGAGCAUCGGCCAGGUGAUGCGUUCGGUGGUGAAGACUCCGACCGCAGCCCCGGCAUCAACUUCGACACCCCGAAGGAAAUACUGGCACACCAAAAAGUGGGUCACCCCUGGCCCGAGCCCUUGGCGGAAGGGUUGUCGCUGUCGGAGUCAGAGUGGGAGCCGCAGUUCCCACAGGCGCUGGCGUCCGGCAUGGAAAAGGGAUCCGGGCCUGCCUUCUGCCUGCCACAGGGGCAAACGGAUACUCUCUCAUCUCCGAAGCGAGAGAUAGAGGCCAUAUUCGUCAACGAAGAAAGUCCGUUUCUGCAGGAGUGUGAGUUGCCCGACGGCCCCGAUAGUGCCCGGGAUCCCCUAAGCUUCGAGGAAGAGAGUGAGGCACUUGCGGAUGACACGCACUCCACAAGUAACCUGCAGAGCAUUAAGAAAGAGGUUCAAGAAGAUCUGUUACCAGUGUCAGGGUGCAGUGGGUUCAUUAAAGAGGAGCCAGACUUAUAUGUAGGAGUGGAUUCAACUGAGAAUGAGGAGGCAUCCACGAGAGAAGACGCCUCAGAUAUUACACGCACUGGCCCCGCUGACCUCGGCUUGCCCCACUCCGACGACAGCCGCAGUGUGGUCGAUGUCCCGGCAUCGGACAUGAUGACGUCGACAGGUGACGCCGCUACUUUGGCCUCCGAAUCCGGAGGCACCCCUGCCGGCGUAGGCAGCACCGCACAUGCCGACAGCGGGGGAGCCACCUUCGGCGUUGUUGCCAGUGGGGUCGACGAAGAGCGGUGCUCCGGUGAUGCCGGCUCGUCCGGCACGAGGCCACCGUUCUCGUACGCGGAACUCAUCGCUAUGGCCAUAGUGCAGUCGCCGCACAGGAGGGCGAUGCUGUCGGAGAUCUACUCCUACGUCGCGAGCCGUUUUCCCUACUAUGCUGCCAGGAAGAAGUUUUUGCAGAAGAUGAUCAGCAACAAUGUGGCACGCUACAGUUGCUUCGUCAAGUUGCCACAGGAAGGCGGCAAGCUCAAACGCCACUACUGGAUGCUCGACCCACAAUACGAACACAUGUUUGAGAGUGGAAAAUUUCGCCCCCGCCGCCGUGUGAAGCGGCCGCUGAACUCUGACUCAGUUUCGGAGGGGCACGUGAACGGAGUGCAUUCUCACAACGGCGAGCACCGACUCGACAGGCACAACCCCUGUCGUCUGCAGCACCGCACUGGCACGUCGGAGCACCUGCAGCUGCUGGAGAACGCCACAGAGUCACUGCUCGGACACUCGGUGCUCCGGGCUGCCGCUGAGAGUGGACUCGUCAGAGGCGACACUCUGUCACCUCCCGCCUACCCGCACUAUCCCAGUACCGCCACCCCGCCUGAGGUUGGCAACCGUGACAAGGCAGCCCCCAACUCGUCCCACCCUGGUAGCGGCCACAGCGAGGACGCCACCCUGGCGUCGGACAAAACGGUGUCGGCAGGCGACACAACUAUUCCAGCAUCCACAUCCGAUGUCACCGUCAACGAUAGUGGCGGUGGCACUGGUAUCGGCAGCGUGGGAACCACCGCGGGCUGUGCUGGCAGAGAGGUGGGCGAGGAGCAGCGCCCCAGCGACACUGGUUCUGCCAUUACUGCCAGCACGAAGCCACCGUUCAGCUACACGGAGCUCAUUGCUAUGGCAAUAGAGCAUUCACCACACAGGAGGGCACUACUGCCACAGAUCCACGCCUACAUCUCGAGCCACUUUCCGUACUACGGGCCGAACCAGAAGGGGUGGCAGAUGGCAAUCAAGAACAGACUGUCGAGCAGCAAGUGCUUCGUCAAAGUGCCGCAGGAAGUGGACAGGCGCAAGGGGAACUACUGGAUGGUCGACCCACAAUAUGAAGACUUGUUGAAAAAGGGCAACUUCCGCCUACAUCGGUCCGUGGGAAUGGUGACCACCGCCAACGCGACGUACGGACCUGACUCCACGUACCAAUCGUACCUUGCACACUGCCAGCAACACCACGCCGCCAUCCUGUCACCGUCUGCGCCUUCAGCCCUCCGAGCUGCUACAGACACUGGGGACGGGAGCAUCAGGGACGAAGGCGGAAGUGUUGGAGGUGGCUCUUUGUUACCUACGGCCUACAGUUCCUUACCCAGCGGUGACUACAGGACUGCUAUUCCGACCUCGACAAGCCUGUCGUGCUCCAAAGUAGGCAGCACGGGUCGUGCUGCCCCCAACUCGUCCCACCCUGGCGACAGCCACUGCGAGGAGGACAUUCCGGUGUCGGAUGGGACGACGUCUCCGGAUGACACGGCUGUUCUGACCUCCACCUCUUGGGGCACUGACAACGGAGCAAACGAGGAGCAGUGCUUGAGCGUGGCUGGCUCGGCCCGUACUGCCAAAAAGAGGCCACUGUUCUCCUACACGGAGCUCAGUGCUAUGGCCAUAGCACAGUCACCAAACAGGAGGGCGAGGGUGUCUGAGAUCUACGCCUACAUCGUGAAGCGUUUCCCCUACUUCAAACGCAAGAAGAAGAUGCGACAGAAAGCGUUGAGCAACAACCUGUCUCGUAACAGGUGCUUCAUCAAAGUGCCGCAGAGGGACGGCACAGGGAAGGGCAACUACUGGAUGCUCGAUCCAAAAUAUGAGGAAAAGUUGGAGAACGGUGAGUUCCGUCCCCGGGACAUGAAGCAGCUGUUCCACAGGGGCCUGGGAGUGUCGGUGCCUGUGCGUCGAGUGCACUUUGACCGCGGCCUCCGGCAGCGACACCGCACCGGCUUGUCGGAAGACGCCCAGCUGCCAGAGACCGGCGAAGGUGCCACCGUACCACUUCCCUCGGACCUGCCUUACACCAGGAACAGUGAUGCCAGCACAACUCCAACCGGCGUGUCAGCCUCUGAGGUUGGCAGCACUGCCCGGUGUGCCCCCGGCUCAUCCCACCCUGGCGCAGGCCGUCGCGAGAAUGACAUUUCGGCGGCAGACAAGACACUGUCGGUCGUAGACGUCGGUACUGCGACCUCCGCAUCCGAUGUCACCGCCGACAGCAACGGUGGUGGCGCCCGUGGGGCGGGUGAGGAGCGUCUCCUCGGUGACACUGACACCGCCCGUACUGCCGACGUUAGGCCGCCGUACUCGUACAAGAUGCUCAUUGCAAUGGCAAUAGCACAGUCACCGCACAGGAGAUCGACGAUGUCGGAGAUCUACGCCUACAUCUCGAACCGCUACCCCUACUUCAGACACAAGAAGAAGAUGUGCCAGAACUCGAUACGCUGCAUCCUGUCAUCCUACAAGUGCUUCGUCAGAGUGCCGCCGGAGAGCGGGGACCGUAACGGCGCGUACAGCAACUACUGGAUGCUCGAUCCACAACACGGGGACAUGCUGGAGAACAGAAUAUGCCGCUCCCGGAACUUGAAGCGGCCAUUCCACAGGGGCUCGGCAGCGUCAGUGCCUCUGCGCCACAGUCAGCUCCGACCCGACCAGCCACAUCGCCACACUGGCGUGUCGGAGCAGCCCGAGCUGUUGGAGACGGGAGGCAGCACCAUUCCACUCCCCACCUACCCGCACUAUACCAGGUGUACUCAGAUUUCUGAUGAGAAUGACAAUGUUUCAUUUGAAGAAAGUAAUCUUCAUAAUGUGACCCACGAUGAAUUCGUGAUGCCGCAAGAGGUGUCGACACACUUUGGGAGUUACUGUGUUCCAGCACAAGGAAUUACUACACAAGAGGAUAAUUUCCUCUGCAGUACAGAUAAUACCGAUCCACUUGCCGAUAAUCGACUUAUCAUCUGUAACCCACGGAGCAUUAAGAAAGAGGUAUUUGAUGAAUGUGUCCCAGAGUUCAGUGGCUGUAAUGAAGAGGAUCCAGAAGUUUAUUUAGGGGUGGAUUCAACUGAGAUUGAAGAGGCAGACACAAGAGGACACACUUCAGAUAUUACACGGAAGGUGACGCUGUCGGAGAUUUAUGCCUACGUCUCGAGUCACUUCCCCUACUUGGAACAGGAAAAGGAGUCCUGGCAGAAAUCGAUUCGUGUCAGCCUAUCGUUCAGCAAGUACUUUGUCAAAGUGCCACGGGAGGACGGUGACGGGCAGGGCAGAAGCUGCGACUGCUGGACACUCGACCCACAACAUGGGAACACGUUUGAUUACGGCAACUUCUUUCAACAACAGUGUGUGGAGCAGCCCUUCUCCAGGAGUCGCAGCACAGAGGCCGGAGAUGUCGCCGUCGGAAGUGGUGCUACAUCAUCACGUAACUACCCACACCGUGCCCGGUACGAGCACAGUGCUGCCACCGCAACCUCGGCCAGCCUCUCGGCCUCUGAGAUUGACAGCACCGAUCGGGCAGCCCCAGACUCGUCCCACCCCGGUGGCAUCUCCCGCGAGGACGACAUCCCGGUGUCGGACGUGAAGACUUCGACAGACGGUGCCGCUACUCUUAUUUCCCCGUGUGGUGACACGGGUAACGAUCGGAGGGAAAGCGCUGUGGGCAGUUCUGCCAAUGGAGCGGGGGAGGAGCAGCCCUCUGGGGACACUGGCUCGGCCAGUGCUGCCGUCAGAAAGCCGCCAUUCCAGUACGAGGAGCUCAUUGCUAUGGCCAUAAUGAAGUCACCGCACAGGAGAGCAACGCUGUCGGAGAUUAAUGCCUACAUUGCGAACUGCUUCCCCUAUUUCGACCGCAACAAGAAGAGCUGGAAAAGCUCGAUUCACUGCAAGCUGUGUUUCAGCAAGUACUUCAUCAAGGUGCCGCUGGGGGGCAGGAACUACAAGGGCAAGCGCUUCAACUGCUGGAUGCUCGACCCACAAUACGAGGACAUGUUUGAGCGUGGCAACUUCUGUCGACAACAGCACGCGAAGCGGCCCUCCUCCAGGAGCCGCGGCAGUGAGGGUGCAGGUGUCGGCGUCGGGGGGGGUGGCGCGUCGCCGUCUGGCCACCCCCACUGUGCCAGGCGCGAGCACAGCACUGCCACCACAACAUCUGCCACUGUCGUGAUCUCCGACGUUUACGGCACUGUCCGGUUUGCCGCGGACUCGUCCAGACCCGGCGGCGGACACCGCGAGGACGACAUCCCGGUGUCGGACACGGUGACGUCGACAGGCGGUGCUGCCGUUUUGACGCCCGCGACUGCUGACACCGGCAACAGCCGCACCGACGACACCGACGCCAAUGGAGUGGUGGGGGAGCAGCCCUCUGGUGACACUGGCUCGGCCGGUGCUGCCGGCAGAAAGCCACCGUACUGUUACGAGGAGCUGAUUGCUAUGGCCAUACUGAAAUCGUCACGCAGGAGAGCGACGCUGAAAGAGAUCGUCACCUACAUCGCGAGCCGCUUCCCCUUCUUCAAGCGCAGCGAGAAGAGCUGGCAGAGCUCGGUGCAGUGCAAACUCUACUUCAGCAAGUACUUCCUCAAAGUGCCGCUGGCAGUCAGGAACCGCAAGGGCAAGCGCUGCAACCUCUGGUUGCUCGACCCACAGUAUGAGAACAUGUUUGAGCGUGGAAAUUUCCGUCAACACCGGCGCUCGAAGAGGCCGUCCUACAGAAGCCGCGGCAAUGGCGCUGCAGAUACCGACGUCGGAGGUGGUGCCGUGUCGUCGUCUGCCUUCCUGCACCAUUCCAGGUCUAUUCCAAUUUCUGAUAGGAACGACAGUGCUUCAUUUGAAGAAAGUAAACUUCAAAACGUUACCCACGAUGAGGUGGCGACGGAGCAAGAGACAUCAGCACACAUCAUCAAUAGUAGUGUUCCAACACAAGGCAUUAUCUCACGAGAGGAUAAUCACUUCCACAGUGCAGAUAAUACUGAUUCAUUUCCUGAUGACCCACUUCCCAUUUGUGAUCUGCAGACCAUUAAGAAAGAGGUUGCUGAAGAUGUACUAGCAGUCUUGAAUUUCAGUGGAUAUGUUAAAGAGGAGCCAGAAUUAGACAUAGGAGUGGAUGUAACUGAGAACGAGGAGGCAGAUACAAGAGGACACUUUCCAGAUAUUUCAUGGUACACCACACCAACCUCAACCAGUCAGCCAGCCUCUGAGGUCGGCAGGAAUAUCUGGUCUGCGCCAGAUUUGCCGCACUCUGGCGGCGACCUCUGCGAGCCCGACACUGCGGCGUCAUGUGUGGCGGCGGCGGUGUGUGGCGUCGGUACUUUAACUCCUGCACCCGGUGUCACCGCCGACAGAAGUGGUGACGGCGGUACCGGUACCGACAGUGAGAGAGUCGCCACGGGCAGCGGUGCCGACGGGGCGGGCGAGGAGCCGCUCCUCGGCGACGGUGGCGCUGCGAGUAGUGACGACACUAGGCCGCCGUACUCCUACAGGACUCUCAUUUCUAUGGCGAUAGCGCAGUCCCCACUAAGGAAGGUGACGCGGUCGGAGAUCUACGCUUACAUCGUAGGCCGUUUCCCCUACUUGAAACUCAAGGGGAAGAUCGUGCAGCACUCGCUUAGCUGCACCCUGUCAUCCAGCAAGUGCUUCGUUAAAGUACCGCGGGAAGCUGACGGCAGGGGCAUCUACUGGACGCUCGAUCCACGAUACGACAACACGUCAGAGAAUGGCAAAUUCCAGCACCUGGACACGGAGCGGCCAUUCCGGCAGGUCCUCUCGGCGGCCGUGCCCGCACUCAGAGUGCUGCAGGCUGCCGAUGCCACCGCCACCGCUGUCGGUGGCAGUGGUGCUACGCUGCUCCCCGCCAACCUGCCAUAUACCAGUGCAGGUCAGGCUGCCCCCGAAUCGUCCCAGCCCGGUGACGGACGCUGCGAGAAUGACACUCCGGUGUCAUCGGACGCGACAUCUGCGGGCGACACUGCCGUUCUGACGUCCGACUCCAGUGGCACCGCCGACGGGGGGGAAACCGCCGCAGGCCGUGCCGCCGACGGGAUAAGCGAGGAGCAGUGCUCGAGUGUUGCUGGCUCGGCCUCUACUGCCAAAAAGAAGCCGCUGUUCUCCUACACGGAGCUCGGUGCUAUGGCCAUAGCACAGUCACCACACAGGAGGGCGAAGCUGUACGAGAUCUUCGCCUACGUCAUGAGGCGCUUCCCCUACUUCAGACGCAAUCAGAAGAUCUGGCAGAAAGCGUUGAGCACCACCCUGUCGCGCAACAAGUGUUUCAUCAACGUCCGGCAGGAGGCUGGCAAGCUGAAGGGCAGCUACUGGAUGUUCGACCCGCAAUAUGAGGACAUGCUAAAGAACGGCAAAUUUAGCCUGUGGCACAGGAGGCGACCGUUCCACAGUGGCCCGACAGCGUCGGUCUCUGCUCGCCAAGCCCACACGCUCCGUGGCCGACACCGACACCGCGGCCUUCGUCCCCAACGGCAGCAACACGUCACUGGCCUGUCGGAACAGCCCGAGCUGCCAGAGACAGGAGGCAGCGGCGGCCGAGGCGGCAGUGUGCUGCUACCUACUUACCCGCCCUGUACCAGCACCACCACCCAGAUAUCAGCUGACCUCGUGGCGUCUGAAGCUGGCAGCGGUGAUCCGUCAGAGACCGACUCGACUCCGACCUCUGCCGACAGGUCCGGUGACGGCACCGGUACUGCCGGCGAAGGAACUGCCGUGGACGGUGGUGCUGUUGGGGCAGGCGAGGGGCAGUGCUCCGGCAAUGCUAGCUCAGCCCGUACUGCCAGAAAGAGGCCACAGUUCUCCUAUACGGAGCUCAGCGCUAUGGCCAUAGCACAGUCGCCGCACAGGAGGGCGAAGCUGUCAGAGAUGUACGCCUACGUGACGAGCCGCUUCCCCUACUACAGGCGCAGGAAGUUCUGGCAGAAAGCAUUCAGCAACAAUCUGUCACGCAGCAAGUGCUUCGUCAAUGUGCCACUGGAGGGCGACAAGCAGAAGGGAAACUACUGGAUGCUCGACCCGAAGUACGAGGCCGUGUUGGAGAAAGGCAACUUCCGCCACCGACACGAGGAGCGGCCGUUCCUCGGGAGCCCGGCAGUGUCGGUCCCUCUGCACCGACAGCGACACAGCACCAGCCUGGCGGAACACCCGCAGGUGCCGCAGUCGGGAGGUUGCGGUGUCGGAGGCGCCGCCGUGCCGCCGUUCUCCUCCUACCCGCACUACACUAGACCUGCUCAGAUUUGUGAUGGAAGUGACAGUGCUUCAUUUGAAGAAAGUAGUCUUCCGAAUGUGACCCGCAACGAGUUGCUGAUGGCGCAAGAGAUGUCGACACACUUCAUCAGUGGUACUGAUCCGACACGUGACAGUGCUUCAUUUGAAGAAAGUAGUCUUCAGAAUGUGACCCGCAACGAGUUGGUGACAGCCCGAGAGAUGCCGACACACUUUAUCAGCUGUAGCGCACCGACACUAGGAAUUAUCACACGAGAGGAUAAUUCCUUCUGCAGUACAGAUAAUAUUGAUAGACUCUCUGAUGAUCCACAUCCCAUUUGUGAUCUGCAGAAUGUUAAAGUAGAGGUUGUUGAAGAUCCAUUAACAGUCCCAUGGUUCAAUGGGUGUUUUAAGGAGGAUCCAGAUGCAUAUUUAGGAGUGAAUGCCACAGAGAGUGAGGAGGAAGCCAGAGGACGACACGCCCCAGAUGUUACACGAGAAAGUACCGACGCCCUGACCUCGUCUGGCCUGUCGGUGACGAAGGUCGGCAGUACUGUCCCGACUGCCCCUGACUCGUCGUACCCUGGCGACAGCCACGGAAGCGGACACGAUGCGACACCGUGGACGAGUAAUCGCGGUACUCCGACCUUCGCAUCCUGUGACAACCCUAACAAUAGUGGUGACUGCACAGAUUUCGACAGCAGGGAAAUCGGCACUGGCAGUGUUGCCGGUGGGGCAGCCGAGAAGCGGCGUCUCGGUAAUACUGGCUCUGCCAGUGCUGCGAAGACUGAGCCGCAAUUCUCGUACAAGUCGGCCGUCGCUAAUGCCGUAGCACAGUCACCGCACAGCACUGCCACCACAACUUCAACCGGCCUCAUCGUCUCUGAUGCCGACGGCACUGUCCGGGCUGCCCCAGACUCGCCUCGCCCCGGCAGCAGCCACUUCGAGGGCAGCGUCCCGGUGUCGGGCGCAACGGUGCCGACAGACUGUGCCGGUACUGUGAACUCCCCAUCCGGUGUCACCGGCAACGGCUGCGUCGACAGUGCCAGCAGCGACGGGAGGGGAAGCAGUGCGGGCUGUCCUGCCGGUGGAGCGGGCGAGACGCGGUCCUCUGACGACACCGGCUUGGCGAGUAUCCCCCACAGCAAGCCACCGUUCCAGUACGAGGAGCUAAUUGCUAUGGCCAUACUGAAAUCGCCACGCAGACCCACAAUACGAGAACAUGUUCAGGAAUGGCAACUUACAGCGAUUCCGGCACCUGAAACAGCCCUUCUCACGGCGUCGGAGUAUCGGGGGCAAAGACGGAGGCGUUGGAGUUCGUGCUGUGCCAUCCCGUACGCCCCCCACACUCUGCCAGCAAUGAACACAGCACCGAUCCGGCCCCCCACCACUCAUCCCGAUCUCGUGACGGCCACUGCGGGGACGACUCUCCGACGUCAGACGCGGCGGCGACAACUCCGAGCGACGCAGCCACUUCGACCUUCGCCGGCAGUGGCAGUGAUAUCGACAGUGGGGAAACCGUCGCGGGGAGCGGCUGCCGAUGGGGCGGGCGCGGAGCGGCACCCCAGCGUUGCCGGCACUGCCGAAAAGAAGCCGCCUUUCUCGUACACGGAGCUCAGUGCAAUGGCCAUAGCAGACUCGCCACACAGGAGGGCGAAGCUGUCGGAGAUCUUCGCCUACGUCACGAGCCGUUUUCCCUACUACGAGCUCGGCAAGGAGGUCUGGCAGAGAGCGUUCAGCGUCAACCUGUCGCGCAGCAAGUGCUUCGUCAACGUGUCGCACGGGGGCAGUACCUACUGGAUGCUCAAUCGGCAGUACGAGGACAUAAUGGAGAUGGGCAGAUUACGCCGCCAGCACGUCAAACGGACGUUCUUCGGUGGCCCGACGGCUGCGGUCGCCGCACGCCGAGUGCCGACUCGCCGCAGCCUGCGGAAGCAUCGCACCUGGCGACGCCACACCGGCCUGUCGGAGGAGCAGCAGCGCCUGCCGGAGUCGGAAGCUGGCGGCAGCGGAGCCGGUGCUGCAGGAAGUGGCACGGAGCCUCCCCCCGCACCUCCGCACUGUACCAGGUCUACUCAACUUUCUAACGGGAAUAACAGUGCUUCAUUUGAAGAAAGUAAUCUUAAAAAUGUGACCCACGAUGAGUCGAUGAUGGCUCGAGAGACGUUGACACACUUUGUCAGUUGUCGUGUUCCGACACAAGGAAUUACCACAGAAGAGAAUAAUUCCUUCUGCAGUACAAAUAAUUCUGAGGCACUUGCUGGUGGUCCCCUUACUGUCGGUGACCCGCAGAGUAUUAAGAAAGAGGUUUUUGAAGAUCCAUUAGCAGUGUCAGCGUUCAGCAGGUGUAUUAAAGAGGAUCCAGACUUACAUUUUGCGGCAGAUGCAACUGACAAUGAAGAGGAAGCCACAAGAGGACAUGCUUCAGAUGUUACACGUGCCGCUACCCCGACGCCGACCGGCCCGUCGGUGAACGACGUCGUCGGCACCGGUCCGGCUGCCCCCGACACGUCCCUCCGCAGUAGCGGCCACAGCGAGGACGACGUCCCACUGCGGGACGUGACGGCGUCGACGGCCGGUGCCGGUACUCGGGCUUUCACGUCCUCCGGCACCGCUGGCAGUAGUGACGGUGGCGCUGAUACGUGUGUGGGGAGAACAGCUGGGUGCGGUGCCGCCGGUGGGGCGCGCCUCCGUGGUGCCGGCUCUGUCAGUACAGCCGAGAGUAAGCCGCAGUUCUCCUACAAGGAUACCAUUGCCGCUGCCAUAGCGCAGUCGCCGCACAGGAGAUUGACGGUGCCGGAAAUCUACACCUACAUCACGAGUCGCUUCCCGUACUUCAGAGACAAGAAGAAGAUCUGGCGGAACUCGGUACGCUGGUGCCUGUGGUACCACAAGUGCUUCGUCAAAGUGCCGCUGGAGGGUGGCGACGACAAGGCCAGAUGCUGCAACUACUGGACACUUGACCCGCAGUACGGAGACGUGUCGGAGAACGGCAGAUUUCACCACCGGCGUGAGGAGCACCCGUUCCUCAGGACCCCGGCGACGUCGGUAACCGUCCGCCGAUAUCACACGCGCUGCAGCCUACGCCGGCACCUGCAGCGACGUCACACCGGCCUGUCGGAGCGUCUGCAGCUGCCGGAGACUGCCACCGGCACCGCCACCCUGUCAGUGAGCCUACCGGUCUCUGACAUCGGCAGCACCGGCGAGGCCGCCUCGGUCUCGUCCCGACCCGGUGACAGUUGCUGUGAGGGCGACACUCCCGUGUCGGACGUCACGGUGUCUCCGGGCGGCGCCACUACUCCGACUCCCGUCUCCGGCGGCGACGGCACGGAUGGCACCGGCAGGGGAACCGCCGUUGGCAGUGCUGCCGGUGGGGCGAGGGAGGAUCGGCACUGUGGUGGUGCUGGCUCAGCCUGGACUGCCAGAAAGAGGCCACCCCACUCCUACACUGAGCUCAGUGCUAUGGCCAUAGCGCAGUCACCGAACAGGAGGGCCAAGCUGUCUGAAAUCCAUGACUACAUCAUGAGUCACUUCCCCUACUUCACACGCAGGAAGAAGAUCUGGCAGAAAGCGUUGAGCACCAUCCUGUCGCACAAAAAGUGUUUCGUCAAUGUGCCGCAGAAGGGCGGCAACUACUGGAUGCUCGACCCGGAAUACGAGGAAAUGCUGGAGAAAGGCAAAUUACGCCGACGGGGCAAGAAGCGGCCAUUCCGCAAGGGCCCGGGAGUGUCGGUGCCUGCUCACCGAGUACCCACAGGCCACAGCCGGCGCCUACCCGGCAGCCGCCAGCCGCUCCGGCAGGGACUCCGCACCGGCCUUGCGGAACACCCGCAGUUGCCGGAUACCGCUGUCGGGUCGCCGGUCGGGCCCUCGAAGCUCCGGGUCGCUGCAGGUGGAGAAGGCGGCGACGGGGGUGGUGCUGUGCCACUCCCCACGUAUCUGCACUACGAGAGGUACGAGAAGAAGUCUACACAAAUUUCUGAUGGGAAUGGCAGUACUUCACUCGAAGAAAGUAAUCUUCAGAAUGGUACCCAUGAUGAGUUUGUGAUGGAGCACGAGACAUCAACACACUUCAUCAGUUGUAGUGUUCUAACACAAGGUGUUAUCUCUCAAGAGGAUAAUUCCUUCUGCAGUUCAGACAAUGUACAGACUGAUGCAUUUGCUGAUGAUCCGCUUACCAUUUGUGACACACGGAGCAUUAAGAGAGAGGUUUUCGAAGAUCCAUUAGCAGUCACAGGAUUUGGUGGCUGUAUUAAAGAGGAGCCAGACUUAUGUUACGGAGAGGGUGCAACUGACAGUCGAGAGACAGCCACAAGAGGACAUGCUUCAGAUAUUACACGUACCGCCGGCUCGACCCCGAACGGCCCGUCGAAGUCCGAGGUUGGCAGCACUGUCCGGGCUGCCGGAGACUCGUCCCUCCUCAGCGGCGGCCACUGCGAGUACGACACUGUGGCGUCGGGCGUGACGGUGUCGACGGGCGACGCCGGUACUCUGACCUCCGCGUCCUGUGGCAUUUCAGACUGUGGCGGCGGCGGCAAAACUUACACUGAGAGCGGGAGAACUGGCACAGGCAGAGCUGCUGGCAAGGGAGGCGAGAAGCGGCACCUUUGUGGCACCGACUCUGGCAGCCCUGCCACCACUAAGCCACAGCUCACCCACAAGGCACUCAUAGCUAGUGCCAUAGCACAGUCACCGUACAGGAAAUUGACGUUGUCGGAGAUCUACGAUAACAUCGCGAGCCGCUUCCCCUACUUCAGACGCAACAGGAAGAUCUGGCUGCACGCGAUAAGCUGCUGCCUGUGGUAUAACAAGUGCUUCGUCAAAGUGCCGCAGGAGGGCGGCGACGACAAGGCGAAGUGCUGCAACUACUGGACACUCGACCCACGGUACGAGGACGUGUUGGAGAACGACAGAUCCUGCGACAGGCGCACGAAGCGGCCACGACGCGGGGGCCCGGCACCGACGGUGCCCACGCAGCGAGCGUCCUCGCACCGCGACCGCUACCGACACGUCGCCGACGACCCCUGUCAGGGGCAACACCGCUGCGGCCCGUCCAACCGCCUCCGGCUGCCGGAGAACGCGACCGGGUCACUGUCGGAGCCCUCGGCACGUACUGCCGACCCAUCUGGUGGCGGAGGUAGCGGCGUAGGAAGCAGCGCAUUCGGAGGCGGCAUUGAGCCGGUCUCCACCUACCCCCACUACUCCAACACCUCCGUCCCGACCUCGGGCGGUCUCUCGGUCUCCGGGGACGACGACGCCGUCCGGCCCGCCUACGAGCCGCCCCUCCCUGGCGAAAGCGGCUGCUGCGAGGACGGUGCCUCGGCACCGGACGCGGUGACGUCGACAGGUGGUGCCGCUACUCUGACGUCCCCAUCUGGUGGCACCGGUGACGGCGGGCGGGGAACCGCUGUGGGCAGUGCGGCGGGCGAGGAGCGGACCUCUGGUGCCGCAGCGUCUGCCAGUAGGAAACCGGCGUUCUCCUACGAGGAGCUGAUUGCUAUGGCCAUAAUGAAGUCGCCGCACAGGAGGGCAAGGAUGACAGAGAUCAAUACGUACAUCGCGAGCCGCUUCCCGUACUUCGAGCGCAACGAGAAGAGCUGGCAGCACUCCAUACACUGCAAGCUGUGCUUCAGCAAGUACUUCGUCAAAAUGCCUCUGAGGAGCAGCAAGUACAGGGGCAGAUUCUACAACUACUGGAUGCUCGACCCACAAUACGAGGACGUGUUCGAGAAUGGCAACUUCCAGCGACAACAGCACACGAAGCGGCCCUUCUCCUGGAGCCGUGGUAUCAGGAGCAGAGCCAGAGGUAGCGGAGUUCACGCUGUGCCGUCCUCCGCCGCCCUGCACUCUACCAGAUAUGAGCACAGUACCAGCCGAGCUACCCGCGACCCGUCCCGACCCGGCACCGGCCGCCGCGAGGGCGACGUCCCGACGUCAUACGCGACCGCGUCCGCGGUCGGUGCCCCUACUCCGGCCGUCAGAUUCGGGGAUGCCGCCGACACUGUCGGUGGCGGGUCUGUCGCCGACAUCGGGACGGCAGCGGGGGACGGUGCCUCCGACGCGGCAGGCGACACUGGCUCGCCCUGUACUGCCGCCGUGAAGCCGCCGUUCAGCUACACGGAGCUGAAUGCUAUGGCCAUAAUGCAUUCUCCACACAGGAGGGCGACGCUAUCGGAGAUUUACACCUACGUCACGAGCCGCUUCCCCUACUGUAAGCGCAACAAGAAGUUCUGGCAGAGAGCACUGAGCAACAACCUGUCUCGUAACGAGUGCUUCGUCUACGCCCCACAGGAGGGUGCCGAGCAGAAGGGCAGCUGCUGGAAGCUCGAGCCACAAUACGAGGACGCGUUCGAGAAUGGCAAGUUCCGCCACCGACUCGGUGCACGACACCGCCGCCACUGGCAGUAGUGGCACCGUGCCGGCCUGUCGGUAUGGGGCGGAGCCGCCGGGAGCGGAGCAGUCGGCUUCGGAAGCUGUGCCGUUCCGCAGCCCGGCUACACGCAGUGUGCCAGCAUUCCAGUGGAGGACGGCUGCGGCACCGACGGACGUAGCGGCCAUCCGGAGAGAGACGGUCCGGACGCACGAGGCGACGACUCGUCACGGUGCACUGCCACUGCCGAGCGGGAAGUGUCUGGCGGAAACGACGGCGACGCGGUGUGGCCGGCGCUCGACUGCGAGCACGGGGGCAGAAUCUGGAGCGGCGUGGGCACGUCGGCUGCGGUCACGCGUCAGUUUCUCGCAGUGCGUGCCACGGAGCGUUCGAGAGGUGCGGCAGCUCGAAUCGGCACGUGCGUCCGCACGCGGGCGAACGCCCUUACGACUGUGACGUGUGUCACAAGACAUUCGUGAGGGGUAGCGACCUGAGGGAGCACACGGGUCAGAGGCUUCUGCCUGAAGGCGUUCACUGCCAGUUCCAAACUGAGGAAGCACUUACGGGUGCACGCGAACUGUGCGACAUCGGGAGGAGGCGCGAGUGACGUACGCGUGGAAUCUAGGGACCAGGAUGCGUCAUCGCCCUAGGAAUAGGGGGAGUCGAUCAUUUUGUGAUGCAUCUUUGCCGAUAUAAUACACGGACUGAUACACCCCUGUUACCGGCAUUACAAUAAAGCUCACUUCGUGAGAAACUGUGGAUUAAUUGUCACAUUGUAGGAGAGGACUGGAGUGUAUAAUGCGAUGGCUUCAGGCCUAAACAAAUUUUACUGGGUGAUAAUCGUCAAACCUGCGCACUUCUUAGCUACACCAGUGGAGCUGCUAAUGUUGUGAUUAAAUUAUUUGCAGAGUGGCAUUCAGUACUGUGUUCGAUAACAUAUCUCAGUCGUGAAAUCAUUUUCAAUCCUUCGUGACUUACUUAACCGCCAAAUAUGCAAAUAAAACAUUUCUGUUUCAUAUUGGUGCAAAUUUUCUACACAUCACAUCAAAAAAAUUCACAAGCGCCCAUUGUAACACUGACAAUAAAGCUUCUGUACUGCUUUCCCUCACAAAAAUUUGUAAAUCCAUUUUUUGUGAUGAUAAUUUACUUGUACAUCCGUGUGCCAAUUUUUAAGUUCUGACAUAUAUGCAGGGAUUAUAUGUUAUUCUUUACAGAUCUGCAUGUAUGAUUUUUCCCAGAUGAUUAUUUCUGGUCCAAAAUUUAAUUAAAGCAACUAUUAAUAAAAUGUAACAUGAAAUAACUGAAAUUAACACAAAAUAAAUAUAAAACAUAUGGAAAACUUUUAAAUGCAUCUCAACAUAAUAAAAUGAAACAUCUUCUGUGAGUAAAAUUCCUUAGCUAUGGCAAAAAUAUACCUGGUGUCACAUACUACUUUAAAUAUUUGUGUAAUAUGUUAUGAGCUGUCUAAAGUGUGAAGAUAGGAAUAACAUGCCAUUCUUACAGAUAAUAUUAUGAAAGGGAUAUUUGCUACUCACUUUUUUGUGUAUUUCCGACGGAAGGCCUUUUUAGCCGAGGCCUACUUGCUGACAGCCUUUUUUUUGUGCAUAUCGGGAACUCUGCACCUCCGCUACGUGUUGAGUAGCAACUGUUAUUUUCGUAAUAUUGUCAUGUUCAAUCCUAGAUUAUCCAUUAUUUAAGAAGGGUAUUAAAGUAAGUUAAAAUUUGUUUCGCACUAUUUUUUGUGAUCGGAAGUUUUG